AUGGGUGCAAUAGUUCCCUCGGAAGGGCAAGCCACCAUAUUCAUCUCCGGCGGAAUCUAUUCAUUCCGCAUCCAAUCGUUGUACCAGAGCAUGUGGAGAACGGCCCCCAUCCUAGUACCUGCACUAUCAAUAAUACGCAUAUCACAUCUAUGCAAUAUGGCCGACCGUCGACCGUCGGGAACAUCUAGUACAUCUGCUCACGACCGAAGUUUAUCCGAAGCGAGCGUCAAAGAUAUGACCUAUACGGCAUCAAAAAAUCAGCAUCACCCGACUGAGCAUCGCUCCAAAAUCAUGUUAUAUGCUGCUAAGAGGUGUGGGCCGUGUGGCUCAAUCUCGCUUCGAGUCACCUAUGUGGCUCGUCCUCGUGUCGUUGUUAUUUUUGUUGUCCGGAUGAGCUUAGUAAACGCGCGUCCCGAGGAUCCCUACUUCGAGCAAUCCGUGAAUUGGCUGCACGGUGGGGGCGACAAUCAGAACCUGACCAAUAGGCCACGUCGACGCAAGGCCAAAAACGACCCGGCUAACUCGAAUAUCAGGGUUCAUCCCCGGAUGGGGAAUGCAUCGACAAACAUGUACACGCAGCUAUGCGAUGUAAAUGUGUUGAAUACCGCUAGCACGGUAUAA